UGUGUGAGAGAGAAAAUGGCAAAUCACGUGGCAGGGGCGGCGGGGCGUGCCCCUAAUCGCUAGCAUGUCACGUGGGUAGCCAGGGCGAAAGGGAGGGUGAAGUGCGGGGAGAGAAGGGCGGGGCGGCUACAGACACGUGAUCCCGGCGGCCCGGAAAGGUCUCUGAGGCCGAGCUGAGCGGCUUCUCCGGCCGCCAUUUUCCUGCGGUGACCAGUGGGGAAGAGAGAGACGCCGGCGGUGGCAGCAGCCGAGUGGCGGAAGCGCGAGGGGAGGGGGCGGAGGGAGAGGAGCGGAGCAGCGAAGAAGAAGGGGAGGAGGCCGCCCUCUCCGGGUGACAGGCCCGGCCUUCCCAGAGGGCGGGGCGCAGCGCAGCCGGGCGUCUAGGGCUUGGCGGCGGUCGAGUCGGGUCCAGCGGGGACCGCCCUCCUCUCCCCUUCUCCCUCCCGGUGCCUUCUUCCUCUCCCGCCCCUGUCCUAGCUUCAGGAAGGAUUAGAGCAGCAGCGGCGGCGCUCGGAAUCGGGCACCACCAUGUCUGGGCAGAGCCUGACGGACCGCAUCACGGCGGCGCAGCACAGCGUGACCGGCUCGGCCGUGUCCAAGACCGUCUGCAAGGCCACCACGCACGAGGUGAUGGGCCCCAAGAAGAAGCACCUCGACUAUUUAAUACAGUGUACAAAUGAGAUGAACGUGAAUAUCCCGCAAUUGGCAGACAGCUUAUUUGAAAGGACAGCGAACAGCAGCUGGGUGGUGGUCUUCAAAUCGCUCAUCACAACUCACCAUCUAAUGGUGUAUGGAAAUGAGCGUUUUAUCCAGUAUUUGGCUUCCAGAAACACAUUGUUUAACUUGAGCAAUUUCUUGGACAAAAGCGGAUUACAAGGGUAUGAUAUGUCUACAUUUAUCAGACGGUAUAGCAGAUAUCUGAAUGAAAAAGCAGUUUCUUACAGACAAGUAGCUUUUGACUUCACAAAAGUAAAAAGAGGGGCUGAUGGAGUCAUGCGGACAAUGAAUACAGAGAAACUCCUAAAAACUGUACCAAUUAUACAAAACCAGAUGGAUGCCCUCCUUGAUUUCAAUGUCAACAGCAAUGAACUUACAAAUGGCGUAAUUAAUGCUGCCUUCAUGCUCCUCUUCAAAGAUGCCAUUAGACUCUUUGCAGCAUAUAAUGAAGGGAUUAUUAACCUGUUGGAAAAAUACUUCGACAUGAAAAAGAACCAAUGCAAAGAAGGCCUUGACAUAUAUAAGAAGUUUCUAACUAGAAUGACAAGGAUUUCUGAGUUCCUCAAAGUUGCAGAGCAAGUGGGGAUAGACAGAGGAGACAUACCAGAUCUUUCUCAGGCACCAAGCAGCCUCCUUGAUGCCUUGGAACAGCACUUGGCCUCCUUGGAAGGAAAGAAAAUCAAAGACUCCACUGCUGCAAGCAGAUUACAAAAAGCCAGGCUAAAAAGAAGUGUCUUAAUGGCACUCUUAAAGACGGUUAAAGACGUUGAAUCACGAGCGGCUAUAGGGAGCACAUUCCAGAGUCCAGGAGCAACUGCAGGGAAGGCCCGAUUCCGAGUUGCCGCCAGACGAGCUGGCGGCAUCCGGAGACGAAUCCCUCUCAAUGACCUUACUGUGUGGUCGGGAUCGUGCAGAAGAAGGCACUCUCCCAGGGCUACCACCCUUUCCAAUGCAGUUUCCUCCUUGGCAAGCACAGGCUUGUCGCUCACCAAAGUAGAUGAAAGGGAAAAACAAGCUGCACUAGACGAAGAGCAAGCACGCUUGAAAGCGCUCAAGGUUUCUUAUGCCAGCUCCAUUCCCCAACAGGAACAACGUCUAAAAGAACUUGCAAAGAAACCUUACACCUCCUUAACGACAGCCUCCUCUCCUGUGUCCAAUGUAGCAGGAGGUAUAAUGACUACACCAGCCAUUGAUAUUUUUUCUACACCUAGCUCUUCAAACAGCACGUCAAAGCUGCCAAACGACCUGCUUGAUCUGCAGCCAACCUUCCAUCCAUCUGUACAUCCUAUAUCCUCUGCGCCACAAGUUGGAGGGACCUGGGGAGAUCCUUUCACUUCUACCGCUGAUGCUGUUGAGGAUGCCAUUCCAAGCCUAAAUCCUUUCCUCACAAAAUCUAGUGACCAUCUCUCUGUCUCCUCCGAUGUACCCACUUUCACUUCUAGGACACCAACUCAUGAGAUGUUUGUUGAUUCUUUUUGUGGUCCACAAGCUUAUCCUAAUGCUUCCCAUUUCCGCAGUGAGUCCUCAACAGUAGCUGGUCUAUUUGGAGGGUUUACCCCAUCUCCUGUUGCUCAACCCCAGCCCUCAGCAGGCCUUAAUGUUGACUUUGAAUCUGUGUUUGGAAACAAAACUUCCCAUGUGCCAGUGGAUUCUUCUGGCUUUGAUGAAUUAGGUGGACUCCUAAAACCAACCAUGGCCUCUCAAAACCAGAGUCUUCCAGCUUCCAGAGUACCACCUAACAAAUUAGUGUCUGAUGAUCUGGAUUCAUCUCUAGCCAAUCUUGUGGGCAAUUUGGGCAUUGGAAACGGAACAGCAAAAAAUGAUGUGAAUUGGACACAGCCAGGAGAAAAGAAGCUGACAGGAGGCACCAACUGGCAACCCAAAGUUGCGCCUACGACAGCUUGGAAUGCUUCAACAAUGAAUGGCAUGCAUUUUCCACAAUACGCACCACCUGUAAUGGCCUAUCCUGCCACGACGCCAACAGGAAUGAUGGGGUAUGGAAUGCCAUCCCAAAUGGGAGGAGUACCAGUAAUGACGCAACCAACCUUAAUAUACAGCCAACCUGUCAUGAGACCUCCAAAUCCUUUUGGUCCUGUAUCGGGAGCCCAGCUGUCUGCAGCAUCCAGCCCAUCCACUCAGAGUCCUCACAGAGCUUCAGGAAAGGAUCCUUUUGCAGAACUCUCUCUCCAGGAUUUCUUGUAGAACAACUUAGAUCCAGUUCAUGUAAUCGUGCCAGAUGGAGGGGUCGAGAACAGUUCCAGAAAGACACGUGCUCAACAGCUAAACCUUCCUUCCUUUCAGCCAAAUCAAAACUGAUGUAUCUUAAACUCUCUCUUUUUCCAGUAAAAUCACAAAAGGCUUACAACAUAGUGGUGGGGCACUGAUAUAGGGAAGCCUCAGCAAUCCGUAUAAAGCCAAGAAUUGCCACAAUUCUGGUGUGGGAUCUUCUUCUUUUCCCCUCCUGGUGAUGUAACACCAUCUGUUUAACAACCUCAAUUGAUAACACAAAAAGAGAGUCCUCUUAUUCCUGCUCCGAAGGGUAAAACGUGUACCUGGAACUGCUGCUUGGAACCAAGAGAUGAGCGUCCUUUUACCGUUAACUCCAAUGACUUUCUCUAGGGGAUCAAAUCCUAACUCUAAUUCUACAGUUUUUCUCCUUCAGUCAUCACAAAUGUUAGACCCAAUAAUGAAAAGUUUAACUUUAAAAAAAAAAGAAUUAUAUAUUCCAUUUGCAUAGACAUUCCUUUAUGUAUUAUUGUUUGUAUUUAUUUAUGAUUAUCAAUUUAACAAUGUAUCUCAAAGCCUCCAUUGUGGAGAAAUGAGUGUGGAUGUAUACAGUAUGUCUCCUUUCAGGUUUUUUUUAUUUUCCUUUUAUUCACAAGAACUAUUCCAGUUUCAGAGUGCAUCUUCACCUAAAAUGCACCCAAACACAUAGAGCACUAAGUACAUUCAGAAGUCCGAAAACACCAAUUGUCAGAUCUCCACAGACAUUAGAGGUGUCAAUAUAUUCAGCCAUCAAUUUGAUUAAGGAUUUUGGCAAGGAGGGUAAACAGCUGACCGCUACGGGGAGCAGCAGCACAGUACUUCUCGACUGGGCGUUGGUGCUUCGGGGAGAACUUUCCUUGCUUUGUGCUUGGCAUGUCAUUAUCUUACACUUGACGUACGGCCUUUCCAAAAUGAAUGAGAGGAAUUGCUUUCACUUUUAGAGACUUUCCUUCUUCUCUGUACAAAAAAACCAAACUUCUGAGGUAUUAUGUAGAGAAAGAAAACACACGCCUUGAUCUUUUUUCUUCAUUUGGCUAGUGCCAUCUCCAUGAUUAUGUACCGUGAAAUAGAGUAAAAUCUCAGAAGGGGAGUAGUGUCUUUACUAAGGGCAUGAUUCACCAUGAUGAUCUCUUAUGCCAGCUCUAUGCAGUUCAGUGGGGGCUUGCACAAGAAAACAUUCCAAUGGAUCAGGCUCUAAAUGUGUAGGGAUUCUUUUAGUUUUUCUGCAGAAUUUGAAGCAGCGCUGUUGAUCGGUGCUUUGUGUAAAUACAUCAUACCAGUUUGGGUGGCAUCUGGGGCCUUAAGAAGGAUAGUCGAAGGCAUGAAAGCAAUUCUGUACAUGAAUUAAGCAUACUUGCUGCAUUGUCUCCGCAGAUUCUAUUUUUGUUUAAAAUGUUAAAAUGUACGUUAGCAAAAAAAGGGUGGAUUUUCAAAUAAAAUGCAGCUUCCACAGAA